AUGGCAAAAUUUGGCUGGGAAUAUGAAAACAAAACUGGUCCUGAACAAUGGAGUAGGUUGUACCCCAUUGCAAAUGGGAAUAACCAAUCUCCAAUCGAUAUUAAAACCAGAGACACAAAACAUGAUCCCUGUCUACGACCUGUAUGUCUCUGCUAUGAUCCAGCCACAGCCAAAGAAAUGAUCAAUGAUGGUUACACAGUCCAAAUAACGUUUAAAGACAACGAUAACCUAUCUGUGCUUAAAAAUGGUCCUGUCUGUGACAUCUAUAGGCUCCGAGAGCUCCAUUUUCAUUGGGGAAGUAUAGAUGACUGUGGUUCUGAGCAUAGAGUGGACGGGGUCAAUUACUCUGGAGAGCUUCACAUAGUUCAUUGGAAUUCUGAAAAGUACUCUAGCUUUACUGAAGCUUCCUUGCAGGCUGAUGGUUUAGUAAUUUUAUCAGUUUUCAUGAAGGUUGGUCAGGAAAACCCUAAUCUUCGGAGGAUAAUUGAAACCCUACACGCAGUUAAAACGAAGGGCAAAAAAGUUCCGUUUACCAAUUUUAAUCCCACUGUUCUUCUUCCUUCGUCUUUGGAUUACUGGACCUACUUUGGCUCUCUGACUUCUCCUCCCCUUUAUGAAAGUGUAACCUGGAUAAUCUACAAAAUGCCCAUUACUAUCAGCUCAUGUCAGCUUGCACAGUUCCGUUGUCUUCUCUCAAAUAUUGCAUGUGAAACUGAGAUCCCUAUUGAGAACAACUGCAGACCACCACAACCUCUGAAGGGAAGAAAAGUAAGGAGCUUCACUCUGGAUGAUCCAGGAACUACAGUAAACUCACCCCGUCAAGUGCCCAACUCUGCUCGUUAUUAA